CCAGGCCCCGAUGGUCAAAGGACGUAAGGCUUGCUCUUAUCGUUGUUACUGACAUCCACACAUUCCUCAGUUCUGUCCCAUGACCCUGCGAAUCCCACGCGCGGCUGACCUGCUCCAUGCACACGAUUGAAACAAGCAGACACACCGUCAUGCGGGGGACCGCAAGCGCACAAGACGCCAAGUCUGGCCGAGCAUCACAGCCUUCGCUCUUCAUCGAAAGGAUCACCCAGAGUGUACCUCACCCACAUUCCUGCUCUCCCCACCCUGGAGGUAUAGACUGCUCUAGCGCGGCCACGACAUUCGGUGGGACAGUGGGUAUCCCACUCACCGACUGCACGUCACCAUCCCCGGUGUGGCGAUCUGAAGAUGUCGAUCCGGGGAGCAGCGCGCUGUGGAACAUACCUCGCAUCGUAAGGCUGACGGAAACAUGGAACUGCUCCCCGGAUGGCCUGUUGAGUCAUGCGAAAUAUUCGACACGCUCUACCAGCUUCCGAGGCCAUCAUCCUCUUUCACAUGCUUCAGCGCGUACCGACAAGUACUGCAGCCGGAUUAGCCUAAUGUCUAUAAGUGUGGACAGGGUCCAGCUGACUGACUAUGGACGCCGUAUAUGCCACCUAUUGAAGGACUCUGGUAGCUACAAGCACGGCACCUGCUCGUAGCUGCACGCCAGGAGUCAUGUCACCGCCGCCGCGCCAUGCAUUCUGCAUUGAUGCCACUCUCGGAUGCACUGUCUCCGGCGAGCGACUAUGUGUUGCUCUGACUCUAUCAUGGCUCCUCUGAAUACCUGUCUAUAUUGACUCAACAACGCAAAUCCUCAAGCAUCGCACUUAUACAGACUUGGCGUUUACUUGCGCUUUGUCAGGCGCAACUACGGACACAGACGGCUCAAAGGUGAAGUCGUAGUUCUUCCAGAGCUGAUCG